UAUCCCUAAAUCUAUUGCGCAUGCGCACUAUUGCAUUCCAAAGCUUCAUUGGAGAUGAGAGCAGUUCCAACUUGGGUGGACAAAGUCCACGACAGAGACAAGCAAGAGCAAUGUAUUUGGGCCUUAUGUUUCAAACCAGAUGGGAGUCAGUUGAUAGUAGCAGCAGGAAACAGGGUGCUUGUAUAUGACACUAAUGAUGGUACACUUAUACAGCCACUGAAGGGACACAAAGAAGCAGUACACUGUGUUUGUUAUGCUAAAGAUGGCAAGAGAUUUGCUUCUGGAUCAGCCGACAAAAGUGUGAUUAUCUGGACAAGUAAACUUGAAGGCAUCCUCAAAUACACGCAUAAUGAUGCUAUACAGUGUAUGGCCUACAAUCCUGUCACACAUGCUCUCGCAAGCUGUGCAGUCACCGACUUUGGAUAUUGUACAAACUAUGAUGCCAUGUAUGAUCAGGCAUAUAACACAAGUCUUGUAAAAGAUUUUGUCAGAGGUCUUUGGUCACCUGAACAGAAAUCUGUUUCGAAACACAAGGUGAGCAGUAGGGUGACAGCAUGCAGCUGGACAAAUGAUGGACAAUAUCUUGCUCUAGGAUUGUACAAUGGACUUGUCAGCAUUAGAAAUAAGAAUGGUGAAGAGAAAGUAAAGAUAGAGCGACCAGGGGCCACUUCGUCCCCGAUAUGGUCGCUACAGUGGAACCCCUCGAGAGAUGAAGCGUAUGAUGUUCUAGCAGUCGCUGACUGGGGUCAAAGGUUAUCCUUCUACCAGUUGUCAGGGAAACAGAUGGGAAAGGACAGACAGCUGGGAUAUGAUCCAUGUUUUGUACGCUGGUUCUCACGAGGAGAGUAUGUGGUUGUGGGAGGCUCUAACAAACAAUGUAAUCUACACACCAAGGAAGGAGUGAAGCUAGGAACCAUUGGAGAUCAGCAGUCAUGGAUGUGGGCUGCUGCUGUCAGACCAGACUCUAAUUAUGUGGCUGUGGGUUGUCAGGAUGGAACUAUUGCCUACUAUCAGCUGAUCUUCAGUACAGUACAUGGUCUCUACAAGGACAGGUACGCAUACAGAGACAACAUGACAGAUGUGAUCAUACAACACCUUAUCACAGAUCAGAAAGUUUCAGUGAAUCCUAUACCAGGAGAUGACGAGGAAGUUAAUGUUGCAGCUGCUAAGGCUAUAAGGGAAGAGCUUAAAGCUCCUCUCGAAAAAUUCAGCCACAAGAAAUUGAGAAUAAAGUGUAGGGAUUUAGUAAAGAAAAUAGCUAUUUACAGACACAGACUAGCUGUUCAGUUACCUGACAAGAUUGUUGUGUACGAGUUAUACUCGGAUGAUGCUGCAGACAUGCACUACAGGGUGAAAGACAAACUCAACAGAAAAUUUGAGUGUAAUUUACUUGUCGUCUGCUCACAGAACAUCAUAUUGUGUCAGGACAAGCGAUUACAGUGUUACAGUUUCCAGGGUGUGAAGGAGAAGGAAUGGGUGAUGGAGUCAUUAAUCAGAUAUAUCAAGGUUAUAGGGGGCCCUACAGGCAGGGAGGGCCUUCUUGUUGGGCUGAAAAAUGGGCAAAUUCUGAAGUUGUUUGUGGAUAACCCAUUCCCUAUAGUGUUGUUAAAACAGAGCACCUCAGUCAGAUGUCUAGACAUGAGUGCUAGUAGAACACGUCUAGCAGUUGUAGAUGAACAUAAUACAUGCCUCGUGUAUGAUAUCAACACAAAGGAGCUUCUCUUCCAAGAACCCAAUGCAAACAGUGUAGCAUGGAACACUCACUAUGAAGAUAUGUUGUGUUUCUCUGGUAACGGUCUACUGAACAUAAAAGCCAGCAAUUUCCCUGUCCAUCAACAGAAACUACAGGGUUUUGUGGUAGGGUUUAGUGGAUCUAAGAUAUUUUGUCUGCACAUCUACUCCAUGUCAUCUGUGGACGUUCCCCAAUCAGCACCAAUGUAUCAGUACCUGGAGAAAAAACUCUUCAAGGAUGCCUAUAAAGUUGCCUGCCUUGGAGUAACUGAUGGGGACUGGGAAACUCUCGCCCAUGAAGCCCUGGAAGGCCUAGACUUUGAUACUGCCAAGAAGGCAUUCAUCAGGAUUCGGGACCUUAGAUACCUGGAGCUUAUACAUAAUAUAGAGGAGCGUAAGAAACGUGGAGAGAAUGACAACAUGGUAUUCCUGGGCGAUGUUUAUGGUUACCAAGGAAAAUUCAAUGAGGCUGCUAAACUGUUCAAGAAAUCAGGACAGGAACAUAAGGCAAUGAACAUGUAUACAGAUCUCAGGAUGUUUGACUAUGCUAAGGAGUUUAUUGGUUCUGGAGAUCCUAUGGACAAGAAGAUGUUGAUUACAAAACAAGCAGACUGGGCUAAGAGCAGUAAUGAACCAAAGGCUGCAGCCGAGAUGUACAUUAGUGCCGGAGAAUAUGUGAAAGCUAUAGAGAUCAUUGGGGAUCAUGGAUGGUCAGAAAUGUUGAUAGAUUUAGCAAGAAAGUUGGACAAGGCUGACCGCGAGUCAUUGUCAAGAUGUGCACAUCACCUGGGUAAACUGGAGCAAUAUGGUUAUGCUGCUGAGGUGUACAGUAAGAUGGGAGAUCAUAAAUCACUCAUCAUGUUACAUGUAGAAGCUAAACACUGGGAAGAUGCAUUCACCCUGGUAGAGAAACACCCAGAAUACAAAGAAGAUGUUUAUGUACCAUAUGCUCAAUGGUUAGCAGAAAAUGAUAGAUUUGAAGAGGCUCAGCAGGCAUUCCACAAAGCUGGCCUUCAAGCUGAGGCAGUGAAGGUUUUAGAACAGUUGACCUACAAUGCUGUCAUAGAAAGCAGGUUUAAUGAUGCAGGAUAUUACUUCUGGAAACUGUCUAUACAGUGUCUAGAUAUAGCUAGAGAUGAACCAGACAAGAUGGAGGAAAUGUUACCCAAGUUCUACGAUUUCCAGAGAAAAGCUGACAUGUAUUAUGCUUAUCAUUCCAUCCAGAGAUACACUGAUGAACCAUUUACGUCACAUCUGCCAGAGGCAUUGUUCAACAUUUCACGUUAUUUGUUACAUCAGAUGCAUGAUGACAUUCCACAUGGUAUAUCUAAAGCUGGUACACUGUAUGCAUUAGCAAAGCAGAGCAAGAAUCUUGGAGCAUACAAACUGGCCAGGUAUGCCUAUGAGAAGCUACAGAAUACUAGAGUACCACCAAGGUUCCAGGAAGCUGUGGAUCUCGGCAGUAUUAUCAUCAGAUCUAAACCUUUCUUAGACGGAGAGGAGUUGUUACCCAUGUGUUACAGAUGUUCCACCACAAACCCUUUACUGAACAAUGGAGGUAGUCAAUGUAUCAACUGUAAACAGCCAUUUGUACAUUCCUUCGUCUCAUUUGAGGUGUUACCGCUGGUAGAGUUUGUUCUAGAAGAUGGCAUCACUGAUGAAGAAGCUAUACAGAUAUUAGAUUUAUCUAUACCUAAACAGAAGAAAGAGGAGAAAAACUGGCAGGAAUCUAGAAUGGGCAAUAUGCAGUCAUUGAGACUAGGAGAUGAACCAGAGGAGGAGAUAGAAGAGGAAGAUCCUUUCUCUACAAAACUGAUGACCUUUGAUCAAGAGAGCACAGAGUUCAGACCUGUGAUUGUCAACCGUAACGUGUUGAAGAUAAUGUCUCGUGCAGACGUGUACAUUAGAAAAUGGCCGAAACCCCUCCGACACCAGUACUUCAGAUCAUUGUUACCUGAUGUGACAAUUACAAUGUGUCCAAGCUGUCAGAAGUUGUUCCACACAGAUGACUACGAAUUGCAGUACUUGCAACAUGGCCACUGCCCAUUCUGCCGACACAAGAUUGAGACCUAGAUCUGAUGCAAAUUAUUCCCUCUAAGACUUCAGAGUGCACAGUGUUCAUUAAAGGGAAAAAGUUAAAAACUGCUUCCUAUAAAGUCCGUCCAAGACAACAACAUAUCACGUCUCUGUGGUGCCUUUGAAGAAAUCUCACGUGAUGAAAUCCUAUGUUUAUGUAUUGAUCUAUGACACAUAAUUAUUUGUGAUGUGUUGAAAUUUAAAGGAUUGAAAAAAAAAAAUCACUAUAGAAACUGAAAUUCAUUUAGAAACUAAUAGUGAUUUGUUGAAUAAAGAAAAAAUAGCCUUUGAAAAUUGAAGAUGAUUUUAAGCUUGGAAGAAAAUAUACUGAAUAUUAACUGAAAUACAGCCAAGAUGGCAAGCUAUUUCUGGAUCCUAGAGAAAAGCUUGGUUACUAAAUAAGAACACACCAAGUUGGACUCUGUUUUAACUUUUUGUUAUUUGUUGAAUGAAAUCUACUUCUUUAUUAGGUUGUGAUCUACGUUUUAUUAAGUCUGUCUACUUUUACAUUUGUAAAUAAUAUUUUUUAUUUAUUUUGAAAAACUCUUCUUCCUCCACAUAUGAAUGAUUUUUAUAUUAUAAUAAAAUAUUGAUGAAA